CUUAUGAAAUUUUGCGUUCAUGUCUCCAAAGUUUUCUCCUGUUCACGCGGAGUUGGUUGUCUCAGAGUAAAAGAUUGUACAUAUCUGAGAUAACUGGUAAAAUGAAUGUAGCGUUUGUUACCCACUUUCAGGAAAGUAGAUAUUCAUUUCGACACAACAAGUGAAUCUCCCGGUAAAAGUUGAACACCUGGAAAGUGUCAUCUCUACGUCUACAAUAAAGUUAAACAAGAAUGGAGUGUUGACAGCCCUGACGAACACCACUUGAGAUAUGGAUUCAGAAAUUAAUCAAUCUAAUGUACAAGAUAUUAUACAAUUAAUAAAACAAUCUAAUAAUGAUAUAAAAUCAUUUCAACUUCUAUAUGAGAAAUUAACAAAUUCUAUAUCUAUAAAUGAAUUAAAUGAUUUUUUAGAAAUAUUAAUUAAUCAUUUACAUGAAUUACAAAUCAAUACUAUAAAGAAAUUAUUAUUAGAUAAUAUAAAUUUAUUACAUUGGAUUAAUUAUAAUGAUUCAAUAAUUUAUAAAAAUAUUAUUAAUUUAUAUAUUACAUGUAUAACAUAUUAUCCUAAUUUAAUUUAUAAUUUAUGUGAUUUUUAUAUAAAUCAUAUAUUUUAUUUAAAACAUAUUAUUAAUGAACAAUUAAAUUAUCAAUAUUUAAAUCAAUUUAUUAAUUUUUCAUUAGAAUUUUUUAUAUCAAUUUAUCAAUUAUUACCAAUACAAUCAAUGAAUAUUGAUUUAUUAAUUGAUUUAUUAAUUAAACAAUUUCCAAAUUGGCGUAAAUCAAUUAAACAAUUAUUUUGGUCAACAUAUCAUAUUAUUUAUAUAUUAUGUCAUAAGAAAUUAUUAAAUUUAUUAACUAAUAUACAUAAAUGUAAUCUAUUAUCAAUAUUAUUUCAUAUUAUUAUUGAAAUAGAAUUAAAUCCUAAUGGAAUAAAUUCUAAUGAAAAUAUAUUAAAAUUAUUUGAAAAUACAUCUAUUUAUACAUUAUUUGAAAAAUUUGAUCAAACGAUAUUAGAAAUUCAUUUAAAUAAUUUCUUUCAUACAAUUGAUCAUAUUGAUUUAAUGAUUUCUGAUAAAAAUUGGUUUAAACUUGAAUUAAUUAGUUGGUUAUUAAUUACUCAUAUGAAUAGUAUAGUAUUUAUAAAAACAAAUAAUAAUAAUAAUUCAUCCAUAGAAUUGAAUUGGAAUUUAUUAUGUAUUAUAUUUCGUUAUAUACGUGAUUUAUUCUCUGAACAUAUUCUACCAGUUAAUAUGUAUUUAAUAGGUUAUCCAAUAAUAUGUUUUUAUAUAUGUAGUUUACGUGGUGGUUUAAUUAUUAAUUUUAUUGAUUUCUUAUGGAAUAUUAUUAAAAAUAAUCAACGUGAUGAAAAUAGUCGUUUAAUGGCAUUAAAUUAUUUAUGUUUUAUAUUAAUUAAUGGUAAAUUUUGUUAUAUUGAAUUAAUUAUUGAAAUAAUGCAUGAUCUAGCUACAUGGUGUAUUGAUUAUACUUAUCGUAAUCGUAUACAUUUAAUACAUUGUCAUUCAACUAAUUUAUCAUUAUUAUUAUUAUCACAGAAUAAAAUUUAUUAUGCUAUAUGUAAUGUAUUAAUUUAUAUAUUUGUACAAUUACAUUCAGAAUUAUUAAAUGAACAAUAUUUGGAUAGUUGUAAUCGUUUACCAAUAGGACAAAUUUUAUUAUCACCAUAUAAACCAUUAUUAUAUAUACCAAUAGAAUUACGUCAUAUUUUUUUUUAUAUUAUAUCAAAAUAUCAAUUAAAUUGGUCUAUGAUUAGUUUAACACAAUUAAUUUAUGAAAAACAAACAGAUAUAAUAAUAAUAAUAAUAAUGAUAUAUCAUUAA